UGUGAUUUGUAAGAUUCCACUCCGUCACGUAAUAGUAGCAAACUUUAUUUUUGAUAGCUAUGGCUCACUUCUGGAGACUUUCUAGAGGCAUCUCGCGACGAUUGUUUUCCAAUCACAGGACUUUUUCUUCUGUUAGCGAAGAAGCUCGUGAGAGACUUGAAUAUGACUUGGUAAUUGUUGGAGCCGGUCCUGCUGGUUUAUCGGCAGCCAUUCGUUUUAAACAAAAGUGCCAGGAAAGCGGAGUGGAUCUUGGUGUGUGUAUACUGGAAAAAGGUUCAGAAGUUGGAGCUCAUAUUCUUUCGGGAAACGUUUUUGAACCAAAGAGCUUGAAGGAAUUGUUGCCUGAUUAUGAGAAACGCAAUCCUCCCUUACACACAUCUGCCAAAAAGGACGAAUUUUACUUCUUGACUCAAUCGAGAGCGUUCAGACUACCUACACCUCCGCAAAUGCACAAUAAGGGUAAUUUUGUCAUUUCACUUUCGGAGUUGACUCGUUGGUUAGCAACAGAAGCAGAGCAGUUGGGAGUUGAAAUAUAUCCAGGGUUUGCAGCAAAGUCACCUGUUUAUGACUCCAAGGGAAAAGUAUGUGGAGUUGUUACAAACGACUUUGGCAUCGCCAAAGAUGGCAGCAAAAAGCCGAGUUUUCAACCUGGCGUCGAAGUCCGUGGAAAAGUGACACUGCUUGCGGAAGGAUGUCGUGGUUCGAUCUCUAAGGAAGUUAUGAAACACUUCGACUUACAGUCCAAUUGCGACCCCCAAUCAUAUGCACUUGGUGUGAAGGAAGUUUGGAAAGUACCUGAGGAAAAGCAUCAGGCUGGUCUAGUUGUCCAUACUGUUGGUUGGCCGUUGGACAGUAGAACCUAUGGAGGAUCAUUUAUCUAUCAUAUGUCUGAUUCGCGCAUAGCGCUAGGGUUAGUUAUUUCAUUAGAUUAUGAAAAUCCUUAUUUGUCCCCUUAUCAAGAACUACAGAAAUUUAAGACCCAUCCCAAAAUAUCGAAGAUGCUUGAGGGUGGUGAAGUUAUUCAGUAUGGAGCUCGAUCACUGAAUGAAGGCGGUUUUCAGUCCAUUCCAAAGUUGGCAUUUCCUGGCGGAGCAUUGAUUGGUUGUUCUGCUGGGUUUUUAAAUGUACCGAAGAUUAAGGGUACUCACACUGCGAUGAAGAGUGGAAUGCUUGCUGCAGAAAGUGCAUUUGAAUACUUGAAUGGAAGCAAACAGUACUCAGAGGGUGAAGUAGAACUAGAAAAUUAUGAACGUGCUCUACGCAACUCUUGGGUUUAUGAUGAAUUGUCUCGAGAAAGAAAUAUUCGACCUGGUUUUCGAUGGGGUCUUAUUGGAGGUUUAACCAACGCUGCAAUAGAAACUUACAUAUUUCAUGGGAAAAGUUUUUGGACUUUACAUCUGCCACAUGAAGCAAAUGAGAGCUUAAAACCUGCAUCUUCUUCCAAAAAGAUCGUUUAUCCGAAACCUGAUGGGAAACUCACAUUUGAUAUUUUGACAUCUGUCGCGUUGAGUGGUACCAAUCAUGAUCAUGAUCAACCUCCACAUUUAAAAGUUAAAGAUUCUAAAGUCGCAGAAGAAGUUAACUGGAAGCUCUAUGCUGGUCCAGAAAGUAGAUAUUGUCCUGCAAGGGUUUACGAAUAUGUGGAAGACGAUUCAGGACAGCCAAAAUUACAGAUCAAUGCUCAAAACUGUUUACAUUGCAAAGCAUGUGAUAUUAAAGACCCAAAGCAAAAUAUACAAUGGACUGUUCCAGAAGGUGGUGGAGGUCCAAAGUACACAGUUAUGUGACAAUUUUGGAAACUUUAAAAUAAAAGGAUUUAAGCUUAU